AUGAUCAAAAUCAGAACUGACUCUCAAUCAGUGCUGACAAUGCUGACAGCCAUAUCCAUGAGUGCAAUUGCUACUAAUGGUGUUGUGCCAGCUGGAGGAUCCUACUAUAUGAUUUCCAGAUCUCUUGGCCCAGAGUUUGGUGGAGCUGUAGGUCUCUGCUUCUACCUGGGCACAACCUUUGCUGGCUCCAUGUACAUCCUUGGUACUAUAGAGAUUCUUUUAACCUACAUUGUGCCUCAAGCAGCCAUCUUUGUGGCUGAGAAAAAGGAGGACGAGGUGAAUGCCCUGCUGAAUAACAUGCGUGUUUACGGCACGUGCUGCCUAGCUCUGAUGUCAUUGGUCGUCUUUGUAGGGGUGAAAUAUGUCAACAAGCUCGCUCUGGUCUUCCUGGCCUGCGUCAUUCUCUCCAUCUUCUCCAUAUAUGCUGGAGUCAUCAAGACCAUCUUUGAGCCACCAGACUUUCCUGUUUGCAUGUUGGGAAAUCGCACUCUGCAGAACACAAACUUUGACAGUUGUCUUAAGACGGAAUUCGUAAACAACAUGACGGUCACUACCAAACUGUGGGGGCUGUUUUGUGAUGGACGUAAUCUCAAUGCCACCUGCAACGAGUAUUUUGUCAACAACAAUGUGACCCUGGUGCAGGGCAUCCCCGGACUGAAGAGCGGCGUCAUUUCAGAAAACAUGUGGUCAACAUAUGGCCCUCUCGGUAUGUUGGUGGAAAACAAGGAGUUGUCAUCUCUUGAGGCGACUGACAAUUCCCAGGACGUCUACUUGCCCUAUGUGUUCAACGACAUCAGCACCUUCUUCACACUGCUGGUUGGCAUCUACUUCCCAUCUGUCACUGGUAUUAUGGCUGGGUCAAAUCGGUCAGGUGACCUGCGGGAUGCCCAGAAGUCAAUCCCCAUUGGGACCAUCCUUGCUAUCGCUACCACCUCCUUCAUCUACGUCACCUGUGUGGUUCUCUUUGGUGCCAGCAUUGAGGGAGUUCUGCUUCGGGACAAAUUUGGUGACUCGGUGAAAAGGAACCUUGUUAUAGGCACACUAUCAUGGCCCUCGCCGUGGGUGAUUGUGAUUGGCUCGUUCUUCUCCUGCUGUGGGGCGGGGCUACAGAGUUUGACUGGCGCCCCACGCCUGCUGCAGGCCAUCGCACGAGAUGGCAUCGUACCAUUCCUGCAGGUGUUCGGUCACGGGAAAGCUAACGGAGAACCCACCUGGGCUCUGGUGCUGACUGCUGGGAUCUGUGAGAUCGGGAUCCUCAUCGCCUCCCUGGACGCCGUGGCUCCUAUUCUCUCCAUGUUUUUCCUCAUGUGCUACUUGUUUGUCAACCUGGCCUGUGCACUUCAGACCCUGCUGCGGACCCCUAACUGGAGACCACGCUUCCAAUACUACCACUGGGCUCUUUCCUUCCUGGGAAUGAGCUUGUGUCUUGCUCUCAUGUUCAUCUGUUCCUGGUAUUAUGCUAUCGUGGCCAUGGCUAUCGCUUCCUGCAUCUACAAAUAUAUUGAAUACAGAGGGGCAGAGAAGGAGUGGGGAGACGGUAUCCGGGGCCUGUCUCUGAACGCAGCACGCUACGCCCUCAUUCGCCUUGAGGAGGCUCCCCCACACACCAAGAACUGGAGGCCUCAGGUGCUGGUGCUCCUGAAUGUUGACUCAGAUCAAGGUGUCAAGCACCCCCGUCUGCUGUCCCUCACCACUCAGCUGAAGGCAGGGAAAGGCCUUACGAUAGUGGGAAAUGUUUUAGAGGGAACCUAUCUCACCAAAGACGCAGAGUCCAAAAAGGCGGAGCUGAACAUCAAGUCUGCCAUGUCAGCAGAGAGAACAAAAGGAUUCUGCCAUGUGGUGGUGUCUUCAAACCUCAGAGAUGGGGUCUCACACCUCAUCCAGUCGGCGGGGCUGGGGGGCAUGAAGCACAACACCAUCCUGAUGGCCUGGCCUGGCACCUGGAGGCAGUCCAAUGACCCACAGUCCUGGAAGAACUUCAUAGAGACGGUGCGGGAGUCCACGGCAACCCAGCAUGCCUUGCUUGUGGCUAAGAAUGUGGACAGUUUCCCCACCAACCAGGACCGCUUAGGGGAGGGCACCAUCGACGUGUGGUGGGUGGUUCAUGAUGGAGGCCUGCUGAUGCUGCUGCCCUUCCUGCUGCGACAGCACAAGGUGUGGAGGAAAUGUAAGAUGCGCAUCUUCACCGUGGCCCAGAUGGAUGACAACAGCAUCCAAAUGAAGAAAGAUCUCCAGAUGUUCCUCUACCACCUGCGACUGGACGCUGAAGUAGAAGUGGUGGAAAUGGUGAGGCUUUGAUUCAUAGAAUAGCAUUACAG